CUCAAGACACCUUACAAGAAAUCGACCUUACGAUCUGUUUUGAUCUCAUCUUACUCCACACAUGCUCGCCAUGCGUGUCUUUGUCUUGGCCACUUUGUGGCCAUCGCUGGAAGGUUCAGCUUGUGCCAAAAGUGCAUCGUUGCUGUCCUUGAAGGCGCAGAUGUCCAAAAAUGCCCGGGGCGUGGCUGAGCUGAAUGGCACCAAUCACACCAAUGGUACCUCUGGGACUUCGUGCCACAAUUGCUCCAUGUCCAACCAGACCGCGCACCAGAAGUUGGAAGACUUGGUGAAGAACGUCUUGCAGCGUGACAUGAACGAGAGCAAUGAUAUGCCUGACCCAGUGGGUGACGCCAGUGGUGGAAGUUUGGGGCAAAACUUGGAGUUUCUCUAUUUGAAAGUAGCUCAAUUGGAGACGGCAGUGGAGCUGCAGGGCAUCGAGUUUCGCUUCGCCAAACAGGAACUUCAACAUGCCCAGCUGGAGAUUCAAUCCUUGAAGGAUCGCUUGGAUCACAAAGACGUGGCCUUGAAGCAGGUCAGCAGCAAAUGUGGUGUAGCAGCCGACGAGGAGCCCAAGUUGGAACAUAAGCAUCGCACCGCCUGGCUGCAACAGGUGAAGAAGCAGCGGCAACAGCAACGGCGAGGGGCAGAUGGCCACACGAAGGGCUUGUUGCUGUCGGUUCUGAAGAAGCACCAACACCAAACCCAGCGCCGCUGGAGUGAUAAGCAUCCGCCGCAGGCCUCCGCAGCUGCGUCACUUUCCCAACGUGCCUCCCAGACGGGCGCGGCGCAGACCGGGGCUGGUGCCGGCGGCGCGGAGGGGGCCGACUUGGAUCGGACGGUGGCGUCCAAGGGAAGCGUCCCCGUCGUGGAUGACAUCGUGGACGCGGGUGAAGAUGUGGUGGAUGUCGUGACAGACGGCUCGGGCUUGGUGGGAGACGCCUUGAGCGAUGCGUACAACGAGGCGUCGGACAAGGUUGCUUUUGUGGCCAACACAGUGAUUGACACUGUGGAGCAAGCGAUCGCGAUUCUGAGCCAAGGUUUCGAUUGGGGUGCCAGCUGUCCCAACUGGCGGGGGCCUUCCAUGUCCAUCAGCGAGUCAGACAUCUCAGUGGACUGGGGCAGGCAGCGGUGUAGACUCACCUUGGUGGGGCAAAGCUUGACACUCUUCGAUCUCAACUUCGGCACCACCACGGUGAACUUCCCAGCACCGAUUCGCGCCAUGGUGGGUGUGGGGAAGAAUGUUGAGAGCUGCCUCUCUGGCAAUCCAUCCGCCACGGAUGUCUUCAAAUGUGUGGCUGCGGCGAUUGGCAGUGAGUGGAUUGCAGAUGUCCCAGCCUUCCAGAUCCUCUUCGGUUUGGCUGAAGAAGUGUCCAGCUGCUCCGGCAAUGCCUUGGAAAUUUUCACUUGCAUCGCUGGGAAGAUGGGGGCUGCCAUAUUGGAGACGGUGUCGCCUUUCAGUAUUUUGAUGCAGCUGGGCCCAAUGCUCUCCGAGUUCAUUGCCUUCUUCGCCGAGUUGGCCAGCGCCUUGAUCCACACGCUUCUCUCAGAGAGCACCUCCCUGCUGCAGCAAGCGGUGGAGCAAACCCACUUCCCCAAGCCCGGGGAGAAGCCGCUCCAGUUGGCCGGCCCCAAGGGCCUCACCGCGCACGUGCGGCGCCAGAAAACCCGCCCCAGCCGCAGCCUCUUGCAGCGCGAGGCGCGGCAGGCGUCUGGCAAGCCGAGCAAUGAUGUGGACAACGGCAUCGUCGGCUUCGGCACCACGGAAGCGCAGCCGUAUGCCUCCAUGCUCAUCACACAAUUUGCGGGCGACGAGUUCGACACCGGUUCCUGCUUGGCCUUCGCGCCCAAGCACCGCACGGGCGCAGCGGGCAAUGUGACGCAGCGGGAUUGGCAAGUGCCCAGCAUGGACAGCCCGGAUUUUGUGAAGUUGGAACCGUGGGCGGUGCCGUGUGAUAACCAGUGGGCCAAAGACAAUCCCAGCAAAUGGGAAGGCUACUCCUUCUACACCUACGAAUCCGUCAUCGAGAAGUGUGCUGCCAUCACCUAUUCCAUGUCGGCCCAGCCAGUGAUUUCCUUUGUGGGUGGCCUGGAGUUCGAUUUGCUCCCCGCGCCGCUGAUGGAGGUCACCACGGAGGUCUGUUGGCCCGACCGGGUGACGGCACCGGAUCUGAGUUUGAUCGUCUUUACGGCGCGCAGCGCUGGCAUCGUACUCUUCACCCACACCAUCCGUUUGCAUCGACGCUUCGGCAACAACACCAACUUCACUGACGGCAAUUUCAAGGAUUCGGUUGAGCGGCCCAGGAACUAUUUCGGAAAAGGCACUGGAGAUGAUGACGACAAGGCGCUGCAGGUCCUGUCACGCGCCGCCCUGGCGCAGCUGAAUUCUACUGAGACGCCGAUGCAGAAGACGGUGUCCACGCCGAAGACACCGGCGCCUGCGUUCAGCGUGACCCAGGAGGAGCUGUUCCUGGCGUCUGCGAAGUACGACCGGAAGAUGGGGCUGAACAUCACCUCCAGAUUUGAAGGCCAGGCGGCUGUUGAGCGAGUCGAAGCUGUGCUGUCAAAGAAGAUGGCUGCCUUGCAGGAGGACGCCAACCUGGCGAGCCACGAGCUCUUCGAGUUGUCCAGUCCCUCGGGGUCCCUGGUGGGCUUCAGCGUUAAAGGCGAGUUGGCUGAAGGGAUGCUGCAAUUGGUGGUGCGCAUCAACUUUGGACCUGUGGAAUCACCAACAAAAACAAUUCCUCUCAUUGACCUGGUGGACAAUCUGCGCGUGGUUUUGGCGGCCUUGCCCUUCGUGUCACAGGCCAGCAAACAGAAGGCCAUUGAUGCGAUGUCGACCACCCAUUUUGAUCUGGAGAUGCCAGUGAAUGAAGUCUUAGAAACCUUGACCCUGGACACUGGCGCCCAACUGCCCGGCCUUCGUGACGCCAUGGUGGUGCGCAAGAAUGGCAUUUGCAGCGUGCAGGCGGCGCUGGCCCCCAGCAACUGGGGGCAGUUGACCACGUUGCCGCCAGAGUGUCGCCCCAGUGGCACCCUCGUCUUCAAAGUGCCAACACAGAGCGCGGUGGCGCAGGUGGAUAUCACGGGACAGGGAGUCGUCAGUUGGAUGGAGGGUAGCCAGGAUAGCUGGCUCUCCUUGGGCGGCCUUGUGUUUCCUGCGGCAGCGCCGGGUUGGCCGUUGGAGUUAGUGAAUGGUUGGAGCAACUUCGGAGGCUUUUCUGAGGCCAAGUACAUCUUGGUUGGGUCCCUGUGCUUCCUGGAGGGAGUCAUCAAGGGAACCAAUUGGAACGCCAUGGCCCAGCUGCCAACACACUGCCUGCCCACAAAGAGGCAGAUGUUCAACGUCAACGUGCAGGGAGGAAAGAAUGCACGGGUGGACGUGUGGCCAGAUGGAAAGGCGGGAGAGGUCCAUGAAGCUUCGGCGCGUCGCGUUUUGGUUCAGAGUCAUGAGCGCCUAAACAGACGCAAGUGA